AUAUUACAUAUGUUAAUAUAUUUGUUCGAAACAUUUGUUUCGAUAACGUGACCUGACCAAAGUCACGGUGACUAAACAACCGGUGCUGAACGCAUCAACAGCUGUGUUGGGCGCACUUCCAUAUGAAAAAUACAGUCAAAGGGAAUUUAUUUGUAUAAAUCUCGGAGCAAUGGUGGACCCUAACCGAAAGAUAAACCGUCUGGUCGAAAGGGACGUGAACUUCCUGGAGUCCUGCGAACUUGAGUUCGCAGACCGCUUCACUGACGACGACCCAGAGUUCAUGGCGCACUGCAGCAAGCCUGUGCCGGAGCCGCCAAUCGUGGAGAACUGGAUGGGCGGAGGUGGCGGCGGUGGAGGAGGCAGCGGUUUCCAGGGCGGAGGAGGCGGUGGUCAUCCUUACCACAAUCGCUACAACGGACAUCGCAGAGGAGGCGGCGACAGGGGCUGGCAGCGACGAGGAGGAGCUGGCUACCACAACAACCAGGACAGGGGAUUUAGGGACAAUCGCCGCAAUAACAGAUACGAUCCCAGGGACCGCCGGGAUCGGUAUGAAGGAGGUGGAGGCUCCGGAGGAUCUGGGGGCUACCAGCGCUCCCAUGAUCAUAACCAAAGGAACGAUCCUCCCAACAACGAACCACCAAUGAAGGUCAGACGCGACUAUGGAAACUUUGUGCCUGCAUCCAAGGAUUAGUUAUCAAAAAUAGCAUUUAAGAAUACUCCGCAUAUUACAUUGAAAUAUUCACA